AUGGGUUUGCGGGUGCUGGUGACCUGGGAGUCUGUGGGUGCUGACGGCUUCCCAGUGGUCGUCGUUGUCGUCCCAGGCUGCACGAGGCAGGAGGUGGUUCGACUCGGAAAUGACUUGUCCGUCCUUCUCUGCCUGACUGAGAGAGAGACCUCAUCAGCUUUGGAAGAAGGCGAAGACGAAAGACCUAACACUUGUGAAGUGGAUGAACCCUCAGCUCCUCAAGAAGACGACGGGAAGCAGGCUGACAGUGAGAACGGUUUAUUCCUAUCUGGGACAGCUCUUUUAUCGCUUUCGUGUUCCCGUGUUCUAAAGCCAAGGAUUGUGCAACACCACAAGGAGGCCGUUAAAUCGCGCGAGACGCGGAGGUGGAGUGGUGCAUUGCUGCGUGUUGGGAUUCGUCGAGGAUGCAGAAGAGGACGUCGGAGUGAUAGCACGCGUGCUGCGGCGGCAGUUGGCAGAGAGUGUGCCGACCCCGGACGCGCUCGGGGUUUAUUUACUACUGUUGAACAACAACUUCCCAAAACCGGUAAACAGUAUUAUUUAUGGCCUCGAUCAAUCUAUAAAUACAAGGUCAAGUCUCGGGUUUCGCUACUUCUCGUUUUACCCCAAUAUACCAUGGCGUCUACGCCCCCACCUUCUCUCGAUGACGCCCUCACGCUUGUAAAAGUUUUCUAUAUAAUCCCACUCGAUCUGGCUGGGUUUCGCUCUCUCACCGCUCGAUUUCUAGUUUUCGAGAACCUACUCUCUGAAACCCCAUCGCAAAUUUUCACAGCACGAAUGACAGAAUCAUCAGAACUGGAUACAGUACCAUCAUUCUCAUGCCCCCUGCCAUCCGACCUACUACAGUCUGGUGCAAAGUAUUCCAUCCGACUACGAUUGGGUGUUCUUCCAGGGUGA